UGUCUCCACAUCAUCGGUUACAUGCGCAUCUCACUUGGUAUUGCUGGCCCUCUGAAGGUCAACGGCGAAAGGCAUCCCGUUCUCAUGGCCACCGCCGAGGGCGCACUCGCUGCUUCGACCUCGCACGGAUGCAAGGCGCUCAAUUCCGGCGAAGGUGACACUACCAUUGUCACCUACGAUGGCAUGAUCCGCGAACCUGCCAUCGACCUCCCGAACAAUGUGCAGGCCGCCGCCGCUCGCGUAUGGAUCGAGAACUCUGAGGGCCAUGCCAUUGCCAAGGAGGCCUUCGAGUCUACCCUCCCGCUUCGCUACGCUCCAGAGCGUCAAGUCGUCAAGCGUGCCAUGGCCGGCCGCACGCUGUAUAUUCGUUUCACAGCACGCAUUGACGACGCGAUGGGCACGAACAUGGUCUCGAAAGCACGGUCAUCCAGGCGCAGUAGGUGGUGGACGCGUGCCUGUCGCAUCUUGCAUUCACUGACGCGCUCCGCAGAUUGA